AUGAGGAACAAGAAUUCAGCCACAAUUAUAGGGAGUGUCAAGUUGAAGUCGAAAAGCGCUGCCUUUUCGAAUUCUUCAGCCAAGGAAGGAGGUGCUUGUGAAAGGGAGAACGAGGCGGCUGCAAGAAUGACAGAAACGGACUUGAGGGAAGAAGGGGUCAAGGAGAGGAGUUGGUGGGGUUUUGGGAUUAUGGGCAGGGCUAUUUUGGGGAGGGCUUUGAUUCUUGGGUUGAAGGAGGGGAUUGUAGGGGUGGAUGUGAUUGGGGCUUUGGAUAUGGAGGAAGCCAUGAUCAUGUUCGCCAUUUCUAUGUUUCUUCUUUCUUCUUUAGUAUUUCCUCAGAGAGGAUAG